AUGCACGAGAAGAUUAUAUUUCAAAGAACUUGGCGGUUAUGUUUCUGCAAAAAAUUCUUCCAUACGGCUAUUUUUUCUCGAAGGCUUGCCUCUACUCACUUUGGUUAUCAAUCUGUGGAUGAAAAAGAGAAAGCAGAUAAAGUGUAUGCAGUGUUUGCAAAUGUAGCCCAGAAAUAUGACUUAAUGAAUGACGUCAUGUCACUUGGUAUUCAUCGACUUUGGAAGGACUACUUUGUAAAUAAAAUUGCUCCAGACAGUAAUACUAAAAUGCUGGACAUGGCAGGAGGAACUGGUGAUAUAACCUUUCGUGCUCUACGGAAAAUCCAAAAAGGUGGAGGGGAUGGUUCUGUGACUGUUUGCGAUAUCAACCAGCCAAUGCUAGACGUUGGUGCAAAGCGAGCUGCUGUUGACCCGACUGUUGAUAAAGGACGUAUAAAGUGGGUAUGUGCAAAUGCAGAGGAUUUGCCGUUUCAGGACAAUGAGUUUGAUCUUUAUACAAUUGCCUUUGGAAUAAGGAACUGCACUCAUGUUGACAAGGUUCUGGAUGAAGCGUUUCGAGUUUUAAAACCUGGCGGCCAGUUUGCAUGUCUUGAAUUUAGUGCUAUCUCACCGAUUCUGCGUCCAUUCUAUGAUUUUUAUAGCUUUCGUAUAAUCCCUUGGUUAGGAAAACUAAUUGCAAAUGAUUACAACAGUUACCGAUAUCUUGUUGAAAGUAUAAGGCAGUUUCCUGACCAGAAAAAUUUCGCGGAUGCGAUCCAGGCAGCAGGCUUCAGUAACGUAAAUUAUCAGAACUUGUCUUUUGGUAUAUGCGCGAUACAUAGCGCUAUGAAGAGCACUAUGAGUGUUUCUAAGUGA